AUGGGGGAAUUUGAAAGGGUGUCAUGGAGGAAGCUGGUACAUAGCAGGAUUGGGGUUCCAAAAUGGAACUUCAUAGUUUACCUAGCUGUACACAGGAGACUAAUGACCAAAGAUAGGCUGAGGGGUAUGGGAUAUGUGGAGGAUGUAACUUGCUCUCUAUGCAAUAAUGAGGAGGAGACAGUGGAUCACCUGUUCUUCAAAUGCAGAUAUGCAUCAAAAAUAUGGGCAAUAAUGCUACAAUGGCAAGGCAUCCAUAGGCAACCAAUGGUAUGGGCAACUGAACUUCAUUGGGCAGAAAAGCACUACAAAGGGAGGAGUACAAAGGCUGAGCUAUACAAACUCGUGUUAGCAGGAUCAAUAUAUUACAUAUGGCAAGAAAGGAAUAACAGAAUUUUUAAGGGAGUUCAAAGAGCAGAAACCAACAUUUGCAGAUCAAUUACACAGGAUGUACAUGGAAGAGGAGGAAGCAAACAGAGGAUACAAAAGAGAUUGCAGGAACUUAACUACUAUCCUAGCUUGUAG